UUUCACUCAUGAAAUCCCAUUUCUCCAUCUUUUCCUUAGUGUUUUCUCUUAUUUUCCUGCGAGCCAAACGGAUGAUAGACUUUCCAUAGCCUAUUCAGUCAUUACAACAAUGCAACAAUCAUUUCCCCCUUCAUUUUCUCGAUGACCACACGGCGAGGGAAGCUUUGACUGGACAAAAAUCCGAUACCGUAUGAAAAUGGUAUACCCUCUAUGAUGUCCAGGAAGAUGAUACACAGGUAACGUUGAAUAUGGUGACCGGAGAGGCCUUUCGAGUUUUGAAUCCCUUUGAAAGCAGAACCCUCUUGUUUCUUUCAGUUUCCCAAAAACAAAACAGAGAGCACUGAUGUUUUGUAGAGAAUGAUAUAGGAAGGAGGCUAAGGAGCCACCACCAUUGAACCACUGUCCCCCUUACACUCCUUGCUUUUUCUUAUACAGAAUAAACGAACCAACGAAGGGAAAACAUGAUCAUUUUUGUUAUUUUCCAAAGCGACCCUUUUUAGAGCUUUUGAUACUCUAGCCAUGGCUGAAUCAUUAGACGCCAUCAUCGACGAAAGAGAUGAGCUAAUGAUUUCCCCCACGGGUGAUGGAAACCCAACAUUCAGAAGAGGCCACUAUCUUAAACCCUCUGUAAAGCCUGUACAAGAACCAGAUUUUGAGUUUCCUUCACUUUUCAUUCCACCCAAACCCACCAUUCCUGAGGUUGAGAACUUGCCACUGAAAGUCAAUUAUAAAGGUUGGCGAUGCCCGCAAAAGAACUGGAACGAAUGGGUGGAUAGCUUGCAUUCCAAGCAACAAUCCACAUGGAAGAAAGCUGGUAUUUAUGAGGCAAUAUUGAGUUCCACAUACAAAGUUCAAAGCCACAACGGUUUGAUUGUUGCGGUUGCUAAGAGCUGGUGUCCUGAGAUCAAUUGCUUUGUUUUUCCUGGGGGAGCAGCAACAAUCACCUUGGAGGAUAUGAUGAUUUUGGGAGGUUAUUCUGUUUUGGGCGACUCUUUUUCAGAGCGCCUUGAAACCGACGAUAUGAGGAAAAUCAAAGGCAAUUUGACUGAAGUCCAUAAACAAAUUUCAGUGGCAAGGAAAGUGAGGCAUUGUCCAUGGAUGAACUAUUUCAUGGGGACUGGCCACGAGCUCGAGCACGAAGCAUUCCUCUCUCUGUGGCUUUCAAGGUAUGUCGUUCCCACAUAUUUGUACGAUAACAUUGGAAAACAUUGUUUCCCCAUUGCAAUUCGUCUAGCGAGGGGUAUUAGGAUUGCGCUAGCGCCGGUGGUCCUCGCUAGCAUUUACCGGGAUUUGCGUUUAUUGAAAUACAAUAUCGAUGCGGCCAGAUCUACGACAAACGAGAAUAAAGGUGGUAUCUUGGUGCUGGACCUCUGGGCUCCAUUUCUGUUGGCGCAGCUUUGGAUUUGGGAGAGAUUUCCAACAUUACGGCCUAAACCAAAUUUGAUUAAACAUGGUGAGCCAAGAGUGGCUCGAUGGCACAUGGUGAAAGGGGUGAAAAUUGAGAAAGUGAGACUAGUGAUUGACUCUUCCGGAGAUAGUUUUCAAUGGAGACCUUAUGCUCCAGUCUUCGGGAACUGGUCAUCUUCAAAGCUUUAUAGGGAUGAAGAAGAGUGGGCAUCACUUGGUCCUAAUUUGGAUAUAGAACUAGAGUCAUUUGCUCGAUGCUUGAGGGUAAGCGAACUGGUGGGACUACAUUGUAUAGAGCAAUACCUUCCACAUCGAGUGGCCAUGCAAUUUGGCAUGGAUCAAGAUAUUCCAGGUCGUGUUCCUCGAUUUAAUACCAGUCAAGAAAUUGCUUGGAACAACUACUGCAGGCCAAUUAUUGAUGAAAAAAUAUACAUACCAGCCAGGCUCUUUGAGUCGGAUGUGACCACUCGUUACUUGAAGUGGUGGAAGCAGUCAAUGUUUGCUCAAGAAGACCCAAUCAAGUACUUUGUCAGGCGGCCUAGAAAUACAAGAAGAUUACCCCGAAUUUUUGCAGGAAAGAUGGAAGGUAACCAUGUUUGUGUUCCUCCUGGACUUUCUAUGAAAUGUCAGAAGGUGGAUGAAAAGGAAUCUGUCAAGGAAGCUAAACAGAUUGGAACCUCGAGGGCCCCUAUUAAUGAUGAGAACAAACUGGCUGCUGAUGUUAAGUCUUUCUCAGUCUCCUAUUGUAAAAGCAUAUCACAAUCAGUGACAAAUGAUGGAGCUGCGAAAAGGGACUUCCUGAUGAUACCACUAACAAAGAUUAUGCAGGGCGAAGGUUCAAUGGGUGAACCCGGUAAAAUUCUGGCAGAUGCAAGUGUGAUUGAAGUGGGAUUUCCAGAUAAACCAACAGUUCAGCAAGAUAGGAAUAUAUCAGAACAGAUACCACGGGCUUCAAUAUGGAAGAAGGGAGGUGAUGGUGCUGAUGUACCCCUGGGUUUUCCACCCAAAUUUAACAAGGUUAAAGCAGGGAACUCUGUUAAUGUAGAUAAACCAACCGUGGUGAAAGAUAAAACACUACCAAAGCAAGUAACGCAGGCUUUUGUAGGAAAGAAAGAAGGUAAUGAUGCUGAUGUGCCACCUGGCUUUCCUCCCAAAAAUAAAAAGUUUAAAGUAGAGAACCCUAUCAAGGAAGAUACAUCAGAAAGUGAGGGGAAGAGAUUUCAUGGCACCCAUGACAGUCUAGAUAAAGGGCCAAUUGGUGGUGGUAAGCAUGUUUUAGGCGAAUCACAGAGUUUUUCAGCUUCAGCGAUUGUUGGAGCACUUAAAAAGGAGCCAAUGAUAAGAUCGGUGGAAAACAUUGAAGGCGAAGGUGCAAUAGAUAGGUUAGAAAGAGCCACGGAAGCUACAAUUAAUAGCAAGGCAGCAAUUCUGGUUUACGAUGGGCUCGGCAUCGAUAGUAAUGAAAGAAAAGGUAGUAGCCAUACACCUGAAAUACCAGGACUGGAACUUGAAGCUCGGGUUAGUAGGCUGGAGAAAGUGGUGGCUGAGCUAGAAGCGGCAAGGUUUAGCAGCAGGUUUGAAAAUAUAGCUGCCAAAGAAGGCUGGCCCGCCCCAUAG